AUGGCCACGAACAGACCGGGCUAUCGUGAUUCCAAAACACCGCGGGCCGUCAAAGUCUAUUCCAUUGCUCAAGAGUCGCGUUACCUCGUUUACGAAAACGUUCCAGCCUUAGGUCUAGUCGACAAUCUCACUGCUCAAUGCCAAUCGUUUGGAUCUGUGCAGCAACACGGCAUGCUCGACAGUCAUGCUGCUUCAGACGAGUUCCACGAUGUCGUCUGGGUUCAAUUUGCAACGGUCAUGAGUGCUCGUAAAGCUAAGCGCACGAUGGACGACAGGCCGUUUUUUGCCAAUGUGUUGCGGGUUUCUUAUGCACCAGAAUUUGAAACUGUGGAGGAUUUUCGAAAUAAACUCCAGGAACGCCACAGAUCAGCAGCAUCCUCCUCCUCCUUGGCUUUGCAACAACAACGGCAACAGAAAAAGUCUCGGUUAAAAGAUCAGCGAUCUAUUAUUACUGCUGCUGCUACUGCUGCUUUUGCCACCGCCACCCUGGAUACAAAAGCUGUGCAACCAACGAUCGGCCCUGUUCCUUAUGCUGCUUCCCAAUCAUCAUCACCCAAUGCUCAGCAAGCCAAGAAAAAGCGAAGGCGAAUUUAA